UUGGUACAAAACCUGAUACAUUCCAUACCGAAGAAGCAGUCAGGUCAGUAGUCUCAGACAUACCCGCCGAUCUCAUUAUCCAUGUCAACAACACCAAGUAUCAGCUACACAAGUGACCCAAAAGUAGUUUCUAGGAACAUGCAAGUCAACUGAAAUACCCGUAUCAAUCUGAUGCAAUGCAAGGAACAUCUGCCCUGAAAGGAUCUGCUCUACACUGAAAGCACAAAGUUGAUUGAGAAAACAUAUUCCUGUCAAUCAACUGCAGCUGCAAGCCUGCAACCACUUGUAAAUGCUAAAAGAUUUCAUUGGCCUCACUACCUUUUUCAAAAACUCCAAAAAAUUAAGGCCUUCCAUGAACUUGAUCCAUCUUUCUCUUCAUUGCUUCACAUGUUGCCACUUUCAUUCCAUAGGCAUUGUCACGGAUCUAGUCGUGCUAUGAACUGAGGCACCUUUACUGAGUCGCCGCUUGCAAUGAUUAGCGCAGAUCAAAGUCUAAUGAUGGCAUCAAAGUAAUUCUAUCAUUGUUUAUACUGGUAGCUAAUAAAAUGCUUAAUGAGGAACGAUUUUUUCUUGGUUCAUAGGCCUGAGGAUCUGCUUUGGCAAGAUUGUCAUAGUUCACUCGCUGAACCGGCCGCAAUGGCAUAAAGAAUAGCCAUCUCGCGCUUGUUCAGAUACACGCUUCAAAAGCUUCUUUCUGAAUAAUAACAGGCACACCUAGUCGGAAUAGAUUGUCCAGUUCUUCACUAGGUUGUCUCGUGUAUGCCACAGAAGUGGGUAGUUUAUUGGCAAUUCGUCAAGUCAUCAAGUGGUGAAAUCUAUGAUCUGCUUCUAGUAGGCUAGUUUCAAGGGUUGAUAAGGUUCUGAAGCACACUCUGUUUUUAUGAACCAAGAGCAGGCCCAUGCCCCAUAUUGCUGGUUUUGGUCGUAUUAUUAAUAAAGAAUCAACAAAACUCUCACAAGUUCUGGUUCAUUUUGCGAUUUCCAGUACCUUGAAGGCUUGAACUGGGUAUCAGAUAACUUGAGUUCACGAUUUAUGAAUCAGGGUGUUGUGGAGUGGUGACACAAAGAAAGAAGCGAAUUGUAUGUUGUGGAUUGGGCUGGCCCCUUUCCUUUUCCAAUGAGCCUCUUGAUUUCAGGUGUUGUUUACCUGUAGUUCCCCCUGCUCCUCAAGUGCGGCCUCCUGCAGCGCCUCUGCUCCGACACCGACGACGGCGACGAGGAGCCGGUGCCCGUGGCGCUACACGACAUCCCUGGCGGCGAGGAGGCCUUCGAGCUGUGCGCCAAGUUCUGCUACGGCAUCUCUAUCAGCAUCAGCGCCGGGAACAUGGUGUCCGCGAUGCUGGCGGCGCGGUUCCUCCGGAUGACGGAGGUUGUCGCCAAGGGCAACCUGGUGGCCAAGCUCCAGACCUUCUUCGACUCCUGCGUCCUGCUGGGGUGGAAGGACACGGUCGCCGCGCUGCAGGCGGCGUGGCAGAUCUCCGGCUGGAGCGAGAGCCGCAUUGUGCAGCCCUGCAUCGACUCCGUUGUGGAGAAGAUCCUCAUGCCGCCGUCUAAGGUCACGUGGUCCUACACGUACACUAGGCCAGGGUACAACACGAGGAAGCCCCACCAGUCAGUCCCCAAGGACUGGUGGACGGAGGACAUCUCCGAGCUGGACAUCGAGGUCUUCCGCUCCGUCAUCUGCACCGUGCGCGCGUCGAGCCAGCUCCCGCCGCCGCUCAUCGGCGAGGCGCUGCACGUCUACGCGUGCAAGCACCUCGUCGACCCGCUUCACGUUGGCAGCAGCGGCGUCCUACACCAAGCACCGCAGACCUCGGCUGCCGCCGAGGAGACGCUGGUGGCGAAGCAGCGGCGCGUGGUCGAGUCCAUCGUCACGAUGAUCCCGAGCGAAACGGGGUCGGUGACCGGCCGCUUCCUGCUUAGGCUGCUGCGUGUGGCCAACUACGUCAGCGCGUCGUCGUCCACGCGCGCGCAGCUGAUCCGGCAGGCCGCCUCCCAGCUCAACGAGGCUAGGGCGGCGGACCUGCUCAUCCCGCUGCCGUCGGACCCGGAGACGUACGACGUCGGCGCGUUGGAGGCUGUGUUGGAGCACUUCCUGGCGCAGUUCCAGCGGCCCGCUGCGGCCGAGGAGCGCCGCCGGAUGAGUGCCACCAUGACGAAGGUCGCCAGGAUCUUCGACGAGUACCUGCAGACCAUCGCGCUGGACCGCGACUUCCCUGUCGGCAAGUUCGUUCACCUCGUCGAAUGCUUGCCGGACAUCGCCCGCAGUGACCACGACGGCCUCUACUACGCCAUCGAUAUCUAUCUCAAGGAGCACCCGGAGCUGAGCAAGGCGGACAAGAAGCGUCUGUGCCGCCUGAUCGACUGCCGGAAGAUGUCGCCGGACGUGCGGGCGCAGGCGAUAGCCAACGACCGGUUGCCACUGCGGACCAUUGUGCAGCUUCUCUUCGUCGAGCAGGAGAGGACCAUCGGUGCCGCAGCUGGCGGCAGCAAUGCUGCUGACGGGGGCGCCGGAGAUCGGGCCUCCGUCGGCGUCAUCUCCCAGCUCGCGGCGAGAACCAAAGAUGAAGAACCAGCAUCGUCUGCUGUCCACAAGUCAGACGACGCGCACAUACCACGCCGUGACCAUACCCGGGUAGCCGAUGGAACAGCAGCCGCUGCCAUGACCAGGUCGUUGUCGGUGUCAACCAAUACACCACCUGUAGCGAGGAAGGAGAGGACGCCGGAGGAGACGGGGAGCAGGAUGAGGAACAAGCAGUGAAGACCAGUGCGUAAUUUGUUCAUACUUGUCAUUCUUGAUUUUUUUUUUUAUUUCAGUGCAUCCCAUUUUAGGUGGGAGAUGAACAUGAAAGAAAAUGAGGGGUAGAUUUUGUAAUUAAAAUGGAUGGUGAGUUUAAGAAGUGGCUACAGUCAUCUUUACCGAUGAAGAAAGGUGCAUGUUCAUCACCUCUCCAGUUCCACGAGAAAUGAAGGGAGUGAUGUGCGUGAGUGGGUAACUCCAGAUCUACAAUGACUUUGGUCUGGGGUGGGAUGCGGCUGGAGUUGAGUUGGACACGAACAGGUCCAGCCCGAGUUAAGAUCCAAAUGAAAUUAAUUUUAAUUAAGUAUCCA